AUGUGGUCUAAAUCACAAUUAAUUUUCUUUAUAAUUAUUUUAUAUAAUAUAUUAUUUAUAAAUGGAAAUUUAAUUGAUACUGAUUAUUCAAAAACAUUUAAACCUUUUUUAGAAACAAAGAAUAAAAUUGGAAAUGUAAUAAAGGAUCCAAAAACUGAACAAAUAUAUGUAAUUGGUGAAUAUCAAACUCAACCUGAACAAGCUGAUAAAACUUUUUCAGGAAAUAAUUUUUAUACAUUAGCACCAAAAAUACCAAUUCCAAAUUUUGUUUUUGAAAAUUCAACAUCAAAAACACCAAAACCAACGCCAACACCAUCAAUUAAAACAAAAUCAAAAACACCAAAACCAAUUGAGUCAUCAUCCUCAUCAUCAUCAGAAACAGAUGAACUUAUAACUGGUUUAAAAAAAAACUAUUUUAAAGUUAUCAAAGCUUCAAUUUAUGAUGGUUGUGUUGCUUACCUUGGUAAAGGUUUACAAGAUGGUAAUACUUUUAUAGCAAUGUAUAAUUUAAAUAAUGUUCCUGAUUUUUAUCAAGUUGAUUCAUCUCAUAAUUAUUUAAGUCUUAGUAUUGAUGAUACAUUUAUAUGGGCAACUUAUAAAGAAGCAAAUCAAGUUUAUCUUAAACCAAUAAUUCAUGAUGGUUGUAAAAAAAUUAUACAUAAGAAUGAUCCAUAUGUACCAAUGCCAGUUAAUAUUACAAAUCCAGAGGAUGUAAUUUCUCAACCAAUCACAUCAUCAAGUAGAUAUAUUUAUAUUUAUGAUAGUGCUGCACAUGUUUUGGUUAAAUUUACUCAUAGUUCAAGUUUACAAAAAUUUGAAGAAACUGAAGGUGGAAGAUUAAAUGUUCUUGAUGCUUGCUCAGUUAGAUUAUAUCGUUAUGAUCAAGAAAAAAGAAAUACCUAUUGGAUGGUAUCAAAAAAAGAUGGCUUUACACUUUAUAAUGAAAGAAGUGAAAAGUCAAUUUCAUUAACAAAAGAUGGUGAUACCACUGACUAUUGUGCACCAUUUGCAACAAAAGGUUUAGAUACUUUUUAUGCUUUACCAGGAUCUGAUGAAUUAAGUAGAAGUAUACCUGGAGUUUCAUUUGAAGUAACACAUCCUUGUUAUGGUGAUAAAGGUACUGGUGAAAUUAAAAUACUUGCACCACCAGGUGUUUUCCAAAUUAAAUGGGAAGAUCAAUUAACUGCAACUAAAUCUUUGAUAAGAAAAAAUUUAAAAGAUGGUGAUUAUAUUCUACAAUAUUGGUUAAGUGGAAUUGAUGACUCAACUGAUAUGGUUAGAAAGAAUAUUUCGAUUAUUACACCAGAGAAUCCAAUGUUUAUUAAUGUAACACAUGCAUGCUUGAAUGCUGCACAAGGUGUUUUCAAUUUUACAAAUUUAAAACAUCCAGAUUUCAGUUAUGAAUAUAUUCUAUACAGUGAAGAUGGUAAAAAACCAGUGAUUCUUAAGGAUGGAAGUGUUUUUCCUGGCUUGUAUGGUGAUAAAAAUUAUACUGUUAACAUUACCACCACAAGUAAAGACGUUUUCAAACAUCAAUGUACCUAUUCAGUAAAAGAGUUUCUUCCAAAUGAUAAAGUUGAGAAACCAAUCAUUGAAUAUACAAAUUUAACAUGUGCAGAUUCAAAGGAUGCUAGAAUUAAAAUUGUAAAUUUCAAACCAGAGAAAUACAAUUACAUUGUAACACCAACAAAAUAUAAUAUAACAUCAGAGGGUACCAUUGAGAAUAUAAGUGAUUUAAAUAUUGUUAUAAAGGCAGAAAUUAAAGGUGGUGUAUGUUCACAAAUUGUAAGUGUCGAUAUUUAUUCACCACCUUCUGCAAAGGUAGUUAAAGAAAAACUUAAACCAAAGGUAAUUAAAUCACUAUGUUUUGGUUCAAAAGGUUCAAUUAAAGUUGCAUCAAUGGAUGGUAUUGAUUUCGAGUUGACAGAUUCAAAAGGUAAAGUUCAUCAACCAUUUAUUAAUAAAAUUAAAACUUUGGAAUUUAAUGGUUUAAUAGCUGAUAAAUAUAUUCUUGAAGCAAAGAUUAAAUCAACAAGAGGUGAAAGUUUGUAUUGUGGUUCAGUAUCAAAUAAUUUAACUUUGGCACAACCAAAAAGAAUUCAAAUCACUGAUACCCUUAUUGAAAGUAUUGAUUGUACAAGAGCAAACCUUGCCAACAUGACAAUUACUGCAACUGGUGGUACUCAAUACAAUGGUAGUUAUUAUGAUUUUACAAUAUCAUCGGGUGCUAUCUCACACGGUCAUUAUUUAAAUGUCUCUUAUUGGGUUGAUGGAAUUUAUAGUUUAAACAUCUCUGAUUCUAAAGGUUGUGUUGCUGUUUAUAAUAAUAUCACCAUUAAAAGACCAAAUAAAUGUCAAGUUCAUAAUAUCAAUGGUAUCCAUCCUCAAUUUGGACCAAAUUCAAUUCAAAAUGGUGGAAAUGGAAAUGGAAAUCCUAAAAAAGAUGAUAAAAAUAAACUUGGUCUAAUACUUGGUCUAUGUCUUGGUAUUGGUAUACCUUUUAUUAUAUUAGCCACAGUUUUAACAGUUGUACUAGUAAAGAAAUUUGGCCAUCGUUUCUCAAGAACUCCUACUAUGAGAAACCAACCACGUCCAAAUACUGUACCAGUAUUUAUGGGUGGUAAAAUUCAUAAUAUAGAUAACUUUUAA